AACAAAGACGACUUGAUUGGUAGACGCUGAAAGGAUGAACGGUCUUGUGCUGUCUCAGGGCUGUGAGCUUACCUUGCCUGGCUGCACAGAUGGAGGGCCGCUGUUCGGCAACAAGGCCCCCCAAGUGUGUGGGGUCAGAGUUGAGCUAGAGAUGCAGGCACUGUGGCGGCAGUUCGACCAGCUGGGCACAGAAAUGAUAGUUACCAAAUCCGGAAGGAGGAUGUUCCCGACAUUUCAGGUGAGAAUCUCCGGGAUGGAUCCGUCGGCCGAGUACGUUCUCCUCAUGGACUUCAUUCCUGUCGACGACAAGAGAUACAGAUAUGCCUUCCACAGCUCCUCCUGGUUGGUGGCAGGCCGAGCAGACGUCGCGGCCCCGAGCAGGAUGCAUUUCCACCCGGAUUCCCCGGCCCCCGGGGCCCAGUGGAUGAAGCAGACCGUGUCCUUCGACACUCUCAAGCUCACCAACAACCUGCUAGACGACAAUGGACAUAUGAUCCUGAACUCCAUGCACCGCUACCAGCCGCGCUUCCAUGUCGUGUACGUGGACCCGGCGCCAGACAGCCACUUAAACGCCUACAAGAACUUCUGCUCCUUCUCCUUCCCGGAGACACGGUUCAUGGCCGUCACCGCCUACCAGAACCACAGGAUUACUCAGCUGAAAAUUGCAAGCAACCCAUUCGCCAAAGGCUUCAGGACCUCCGACCCGCAGGCAUGGUGAGUGUCCGUCCGUCCUUGGCGAGCAGCAGAAUCCUGAUGCGGUCUUCUUUUUCCACCGUUAUCAGCUGCCAAACGAUAAGGCCGCAGGUUUGAUCACAGCUAAUCUUUAACUUUUGUACAGUCAUACAGUCUCCCGUGUCAGGGA